UGCGCGUGCAUUAAGGCUGGAUGGAGGGAGACCCCUGUGACGUCAGAGAUGGAGAAAGGAGGAGGGGUGGCUCGUGAAGGUUUGGAGAUGGAGGAGUGACCGUGAUGACGUCCACACAGAGAGAGAGGAGGGGGCGUGGCCGUGUGCGUGACGUCACCCUCAGCAGCCGCUUCUCCUUUUAAAGCCGCCGGUCGGACAGACAGACAGGCAGGCAGACAGACAGGCAGCAGGAGGACUUUAAAUACCUCGGAUCGGCUCUACCGGGACAUUUGACAGCCGACUGGACGUUCAGCUCUCUCUCUCUCUCCUCUGAUGGAGCAACAAUUCCUCUGCAGGCUGCACCGCCCGCCCGCCGCCCGCCGCCGGGACUGAUAGCUGUGCGCCGCUCGGUGUCCACCGGCAGACUCCCGCUGACCGUGUCUCCGUGCUCUCCGUCCCCUCCGUCUUCCAGCAGGCCGCCGUCUCCUCCGUGACUCUCUGUUCCCAUGCGAUUCUUCAGACUCACAUUCAAGUGUUUCGUGGAUUGUUUUUGAAGGUCGCCGUCAGAUCGUCGGUGAAAUUCCCUUUAGUUUUUAUUUUCACACCUUUUUUUAUUUUACAAUCUUCUCUCUUAUUUUCGAUUCGAGAAAGAAAUGUCUCCAGAUUAUUACUAGACAUUUUGAAUUUGUGUCCUAUUUUUUAUUUAUUAAUUAAUUCAUCCGGAUAAAAUUGGAUUAUUAAAUAAAACAACAGAUUCUGGAUCAACCGGCUCCGGCUGAUCCACGAUCAGCUCGCAGAGGACAAUAAUAAUAAUAAUAAUAAUAAUAAUAAUCACAUGUAUUAUUACUGAAGCAGAGCAAGGAUAACGGAGGCAGCAGAGAUCUUAAAGCUGAACGGGACAGAGCUGGACCUGCUGCUGACUGACUGACUCAUCUGUUUCUGACUGGGUGGAAACUGGUGACUGACUGGUUUCUGACUGGUUUCUGACUGGUGACUGACUGGUUUCUGACUGGUGACUGACUGGUUGUUGGGACUCUGAGAGGAGCUGAACACAAGGUGAGAAGGAGAUUCUGGGAUUUAAAAGUUUCUAAAGAGACAAAAAUCUGGAAAAUUAAAGGAAAAAUCUGACUGCUUAUUGCAACUAGUGCUGACCUCUGCUCUGACUGGUUUCUAACUGGUUCCUGACUGGUUUCUGACUGGUUCCUGACUGGUUCCUGACUGGUUUCUGACUGGUUCCUGACUGGUUUCUGACUGGUUUCUAACUGGUUUCUGACUGGUUCCUGACUGGUUUCUGACUGGUUUCUAACUGGUUUCUGACUGGUUCCUGACUGGUUUCUAACUGGUUUCUAACUGGUUCCUGACUGGUUUCUGACUGGUUUCUAACUGGUUCCUGACUGGUUUCUGACUGGUUUCUAACUGGUUCCUGACUGGUUUCUGACUGGUUCUGACUGUGAGUGAUGGAGAAACAGGCCCUGCCAGCCUCCUCCUGCUCUCUGGUUCUCCUGGAGGAGACCAAGAAGAACCCCCUCCUCCUGUCUAAUGGCGGCGGCGGCGGUUACUCCCCCGGAGCCGCUAACGGUAGCCUCGUCCCGCUAGCGGUGGCGGGGUCCGGCAGUGCUUGCGCUGGACCGGACAAGAAAGCGGGCGUGGUGACGGGGGCGGGGCCAGGAUACCAGGAGCGGGAGACGUGGACUCGGCAGAUGGACUUCAUCAUGUCCUGCGUGGGCUUCGCUGUCGGACUCGGCAACGUGUGGAGGUUCCCAUACCUGUGCUACAAGAACGGAGGAGGCGUCUUCCUGAUCCCCUACCUGCUGAUCGUCUUCGUCGGGGGAAUCCCGAUCUUCUUCCUGGAGAUCGCUCUGGGACAGUUCAUGAAGGCUGGCAGCAUCAACGUCUGGAACAUCGCUCCACUCUUUAAAGGUCUGGGUUAUGCCUCCAUGGUCAUUGUGUUUUUCUGUAACACCUACUACAUCAUGGUACUGGCCUGGGGCUUCUACUACCUAAUCAAGUCUUUCAACGCCACACUCCCCUGGUCUACCUGUGACAACGAAUGGAACACACCCAGCUGCAUGGAGUUCUUCCACCACCAGGACUGCAACAACGGCAGCCUCGCCAACACCACCAUUAGUGGCAACAUGACCUGUGCUGAUCUGGCAAAUGCACGAUCACCCAUCAUCGAGUUCUGGGAGAACAAGGUGCUGAACAUCUCUUCUGGUCUGGAAGAAACGGGAGAGUUUAACUGGGAGCUCAUUCUGUGUCUGAUGGCCGUCUGGGUCAUGGUGUACUUCUGCGUCUGGAAGGGAGUCAAAUCCACUGGGAAGAUUGUGUACUUCACGGCGACCUUCCCCUACGUGGUUCUCAUCAUCCUGCUGGUCAGAGGAGUCACACUUCCUGGAGCCUACGACGGCAUCAUGUACUACAUCAAACCUGAUUGGUCCAAACUGGGGGAAGCUCAGGUGUGGAUCGACGCCGGCACGCAGAUCUUCUUCUCCUACGCCAUCGGGCUGGGAGCUCUGACCGCUCUGGGCAGCUACAACCGCUUCAACAACGACUGCUACAAAGACGCCUUCGUCUUGGCUCUAAUAAACAGCGGGACCAGUUUCUUUGCUGGUUUCGUUGUGUUUUCUAUUCUGGGCUUCAUGGCUGCAGAGCAGGGCGUUGACAUCUCACAGGUUGCUGAGUCAGGUCCAGGUCUGGCCUUCAUUGCGUAUCCGAUGGCAGUCAGUUUGAUGCCGGUUGCUCCUCUCUGGGCGGCACUCUUCUUCUUCAUGCUGCUGCUGCUGGGACUGGACAGUCAGUUUGUCGGGGUGGAGGGUUUUGUGACUGGAAUUCUGGAUCUGUUUCCUGGAAAUAACCACCAUCGCUACAAAAGGGAGAUCGCGGUGGCGAUAUGCUGUUUACUGUGCUUCAUUAUUGACCUCUCCAUGGUGACACAGGGAGGGAUGUACGUCUUCCAAUUGUUUGACUACUAUUCGGCCAGUGGAAUGACUCUGUUGUGGCAAGCAUUCUGGGAAUGCAUAGUAGUUGCCUGGGUCUACGGUGCUGACCGCUUCAUGGAUGAUAUAGCUCGUAUGAUUGGCUACCGGCCAUUCCCCUGGAUGAAGUGGUGCUGGUCCUUUAUAACUCCAUGUGUCUGCAUGGGCAUCUUCCUGUUCCACCUGGUGAACUACAAACCGCUGACCUACAACAACGUGUACGUGUACCCGUGGUGGGGCGAGGUGAUUGGCUGGUGUCUGGCUCUGUCCUCCAUGCUCUGCAUCCCCGUCAGCCUUCUGUACAAACUCUUCAGAGCCAAGGGAACCUUCAAAGAGCGCUGGGCCCACCUGACCAAUCCAGUGUGGGGGGUCCAUCACCUGGAGUACAUGGCCCCUGACAUCAAGUCCCUAACCUCGUUGUCCCCUGGCACUGACGACAACAAGGUCAUCAUCUUUGAGAGCGUCAUGUAGGCGGGACUCCACUAAUCACAGCAUCUUCAUCUCCAUCCGUCCCACCUAUGACAAGAUGGCCGACACCUCACCACCACACACCCAACCUUCAUAUUUACCUCCACCCGGUACCAGACCUCAGAACGGACUCUAGAAAUGAUCAAUCAGCUGGCUUCCUCAGAUCCAUUCAUUGGUUGUCUCCUCGGAUUAACCGUGCAUCCACUGAUCUCCUCAGCUCCUCCGAACGCCACCAGGCAGACCAAAGCUACGAAGAUUUUUCACACCUGUAAAGGACUGAAGGAGUCAGAUAGUGAGGCAGCCCCUUCAGGAGGGUUUUUAUAAUUAUGGCAACAACAAAAUGCUUCCUUUUUUUCCAGAUUCUGACACAAAUUUGUGAUUAAAACCAGCAGAGUUCUUUAACCGCAAAGGGCUUCAAUUCCUCUGGUUCUCAUAAAGAAAAUGUAAAUAUGAAUUCUCCUUGACUAUUUAAAGGACGAAAUGCAGAAAUCUUUCACACUAGUCAAACCCUGGAGGGGCUGAAGAAAGCUGGAGAGAUGUUCUUCCUGAUGGAGUCUCACUGUGUUCAAAAACAAAGACGCUGCUGGACGUCAAGCUUCCUCCAACUUGGACGAAGGGUAUCAAUGCAAUCUUGUCUUGUGGUGGGCGAAUUGGACAAGCAAACAUACACAGACCCGAUAGACUGCCAUUACGCACGCACUGCCUGUGAUUAUCUCAUCAUCAUACAGCACUGGGACUGUCGCUUGCUGCUCAAGCUUUUUCUUUUAGCUGCAAUUUUGUGAUAUUUGAGCUCAGAGUUUAAACCUGUGGGUAAAAAUGUAAACUUUAAGACACUUUAAUGGGCUGUGUGUGUGUAAUGGCUGUUUAUUAAGACAGAGUUGUAGACAGACAGACUGACCCCCCAAAAAAUUACCAGAGGUAAUUUGCGUCAUAACAGGGUUUAAAAAUAGCCAAAGAUGGUCUUCUACUUCUUCAGUCCUUUGGUCAAAUGUAAGAAAAGAAGCAAGGUGGCGUCCCAGGGUUCAGUUCCUGGAAUUAGUAAUUUCAGUUUAGUUGUCAAGACACUUGAGAGGGUGUCUGAGUUCUGUUCUGUAUCAUCACGUGACCAAACUAAGAGUUUGGCCACAGGACUGAAGUGUAAAAAAAGUUUUUGCUUUGGAACAACCAGCGGUCAACGAAUGCACCAUGCUGCCAGGAGGCCGAACUGACCUCUGAACGCAUCGUAAGACUCUCCCGGUUCUGCUCUGGUCUCAAGUUGAACAAGUUUUUACUUUUUUCUUUUCAGCUUGUUUGUGAGCACUUUAUGUGACACUUGGAUGGUUAUUGAUCUAAAUUGUAAAACCUGUAGUCGGUAUCAAACAGAAAACGGAUGUUUCGACAUAUCAGCACAGCUCGUUUCUGUCCUCGUUACUGUGAAUCACCAGCUCCUACUACUGAUCCUAGAACAGUCCAGAGUCCUGAGCAGCAUGUGGUUCUUCGACCCACUGACCUCCGAUCUAUUUUCUGCUGUUGUUUUGGGAAUUCAGUCGUUGUUCUUCUUUUUUUGUCCAUUCAUAGUGAAUAAAUACUUCUAUAUUAAUCACAACCUCGUUGCAUCCAACUGACUGGGUAGUUCCAGUCUGCGAAAUCAAAGUCCGAUUCGACAAAGUUCAGAAUUAAACUGAACUCAGAGUUUGAAAAUGUACUCUGAACAACUCUACAAAAAAGGGAAAAGAUCAAAUUAAAAGCUGAAAAACACAUCUGACCUUUAACCCCUCCAUGUUCUCUAUCUGACCUCCUUGUGAGGAGGUUCAGGUCUGUGUUAGAAUCAGGUCAAAGGUCGGGCUUUGUUCUGUGUCCGCGGUUCGACUUGAAGUGCCAAACGGAGCGAUAUACUCGCCCUGCAGGGCUGAUCCCAGACCAGGGCUCCAGGCUGCCAAUAUCAACCCGUUCACUCUUCUACUUCUUCUCUGCCUCGUCUCAUCGCUCCCAUUAACGCUGAAGUCCUCCCUCCGAACAUCGCACUCUCCUCAAACGAUGGUCAAUGCUGAUUGUUUUAAUCACGUUCACGUUCUCAGUUUUAGGCCUGAAUAUUUUGUGCCAGACGUUUUAUCCAGAAACUGAAUUACAUGCUAUCCCUUUCUAAGUCCCGCCCCUUUUUGCUCUGUCAUCCAAUAAUAGUUGAGCUAGCCUCGGUCAACUUCCUCCUGAAAAGACACAUUCACAAGAUGGUUAAAAGAUAAAAGAGACAUAUAUAUAGUCGCAUAUUAAGUUAGCUAAUGUUGGCAAAACGCUAGCUAAUCUACGUCAAUCGUUAGCUAGCAAGUUGGCUGGCUAGUUAGCUAUUAAUAAUUAGCUAGCUAAAUACAUCUGAUAUGUUAGUAAAACUAAUUAGCUAGCUAAUGCUGAUGUAGAUUGGGUCAACUGACAGUAAAACAAUAAGAACUGGUUUUCUGGGUUGAAUAAUAAUAAUAAUGAUAAUAAUUACGGAUUAAGGAUUAAUCUUAAUGAAACUCAUCUUUAACUGAAUAACUGGCCCUAAAACUUGGACCUACAGGUGGAUCCAUUUAUAGACCAAUUUGUGUGAAGUACAAAGAAACGCAUCAGUAACCCUGAUACUGAAAUGCAAUAAAUCAUUUUAAAGAUUUAUUUUAAUCUAAACUCUCAAAUCUAGAUAUUGAAAUCAGCCUAAAAAACCCAGUACUGGUUGGGCCUCACGCCUCACACCUUAGUCCAGAACCACCAACAGAGCUUCACUGGGUUACUGGAUCUUUUUAAGGUUAACUUUACGUUUUCCUUGGUGGGCAAAAACUAAAACUUAAAGGUGGGUCAAAAGCAAACAUUAUUGAAUGGUAUUAUAAGAUGGAUCCCAAGUUCCCUUAAUUGACUUCCUGCGCAAAGUGUCAGUCAGAUUAUGAAAAAAUUAUUUCAUAUUAGAGAUCAAUCAUAUUUAAGGAGUAUUUUUACUUCACAAAAAAAUUAAAUAUAAACAGUGAUUUAUAUUAUGAUUCUUUUUGCUCUCUGGCCAAAUCGAACCUUAAGGCUCUACAGUCGCUGUUAGUGUGCUGACACCAGUUUUUUUAGCAGCCUGACUGAUUUUAAGAAAGCAUUGAAAUGACUUUAAGAGUGAAUCCGUAUUUUUAGCGGCAUUCAGAUGAGUCGGUGGAGAGAUGAGAGCCGGAGGACUCAGCUUGUUGCCAAGCGUUGCCUUACGUCGUUGUCUUAACUCUAGAGCCCGUACGGUUGACUAGCCAAACCCAGAGCCCUACAGGACAUCCUGUGUACGGCUCUGGUUUAAUAUCCCACCAGUGAGAGUUCUGCGGGGGCGUGUCUACAACUCUGUCUCCUAGCAACCACUCACCAUCCACCUAUCACGGGGAAACAUAAUGAUUAGAAUGUAAAAUAUACUAAAACUACAUACAUUUGCACAUUGUUGUACAAUAAUGUUGCUAGCACUUUUAAAAAGACUCGUGUUAGAAAUCGUGUUUUGUUUUACAUAUUGUAAAAUGAAUCAGAGAUUUAUUUUGUGGAGGCUUUUAUUUUGCUGAUACAUACAGUAUGAAAGAUAUAUAUAUUGAAUAUGUGUGUUAUCUAUAUUUGAUGCAGUAUGUAAAUGUGAUGAUGAUUUCUGGCUGAUUGUUCACGUUUAGCCGUCAAACACGAGCAACGCAGCGUAUGAAGCUACCACCUCGAGCUUCAGGCUACCUCACGUCUCAUUCAGACUUUCAAAACAAACUUCUUUUAGCUUUUUAUGCAAAUGUCUCAUCAGCGGCUGCCAGCAGGGGGGAUUAUGGGAAGUGUUUCUGGAAAUAUUUCCCUCCCCAGCCUGUUUAGUGUUGCAGCUUUAAAGGUUCUUCAACACCAAUGCAAAUAUAACAAACUGAAAAUCUGACAAUAAAAAAACUGGCAAAAUUCUACAAAUAAAAACCAAAACUGUAAUGGAUUUGUUUGAGAGAGUAAAGUUUGUUUGGCUCUAUAUUGAUAAUGAUAAUGAAUUUAAAAUGUACUGACAUGCGUUGGUGCUGCAAGGCCUUUAAGUGGUGUUUGACCGGCUAAUGUGAACGAGCAGCGAGGGGCGGGGCUUUUAUUCUGGCGGGUUUGCUGCGAUGCAGUGAUGUUAAGGCUGUCGAGGCUUCGUGUGACUCUGAACACACUACGAAAGGGAAUCUUUUUUCUUUACUCUUUUGAUUUCUAAUUUUCAAAGUGCUGAAUAUUGACGAGUUUUAGCUUUAGAAGAUUUUAGAUUUUUUUUCUCUCUGUGUGAUUUACUGAAUAUCAGUUUUUCCUUCAGACCCCCCCACGGCUCAAACACUCAAUAUUAUUUCAAAGCAGAAACAAAAAUAUGAUAGUGAAUUAUUUUCCACAUAUUCUACAUUCAGGCAGAUGGGUAUGUAUGUAUGGGUAUGUUUAAAAGUGAAGAUAAAAACAUUUUAGGACUUAAUAACUGCCGACUGCCAUUUUAAAUAAUGAGUGUGUGAUGACGGCUGCUCUGUCUGAGAAGUUUUUUUUUUUAAAGUUAUUUUUUUGGCCUUUUAUUGCCUUUAUUGUAUAGUGACAGCUGAAGAUAGAAAGGGUGGCAGAGAGAGAGGGGAUGACACGCAGCAAAGGGCCACAGGUCAGACUCGAACCUGGGCCGCUGCAGCAACUCCGUACAUGGGUCACCAGCUCUACCGACUGAGCUAACCAGGCACCCUCUGUCUGGGAAGUUAAGUGGAGAAUAAACCGCUCACUACCAUCUGAACAGUAUGCAGUAGAACAGCUACCUCAAUAAGGUGAGUCGGUCCACCUGGACAGACAUUACAGCAGGAGGAAAGAACUACAUAUCAGAGCAGCCAGUGGGAGCUUCCAGACACUAUAAAGGAGUAGCAAGUCAGUUCAGUCAGCCAUUCUGUCUCCUUAUAAUGUUUAUUUCAAAAGCGGCAAAAUAAAAACGGAAUUCGAGUCAAUUAAAGAAAAAAUGUGAGGAUGAAAACCGACCAAAAAACCAAACUCUCUGGUUUCAACAUGAAUCCAGGUUUCCAGCCAAAACCAUCAACACUCACCAGGAAGCACCAGACCAGCCAAAAGCUCCAAAAUAUUUCAACAUCACAGGACGAUGUUUUCAUGGUUUCUGACGUUGUCGACAUAUAAAUUGUGAUCCUGAAAACCUUUCUAAAAAAUCUGAUAAAUCUGACGCCUCAUGUCAGCCGCAGUUGUUAAAGGUAAUUAAACCCAAACUGAAUGAGUAAAGUUACACUUUUACAGUAAAAUAUGAUCGAUUGCACCUAACAUCCUUUAUUAUAAAAAUUUAACUCUUUUCUGUCUUUGAAAUUUUGAAAAUCAACCUAAAGCCAUUAAUUGGUCCCCCCGCAGUGGAGCUGAUGCUAAUUGGCUGGUCUGGAGACUCUGAUUUAAAGUGUUGGCAUGCAGAGAUUAUUACUACUGUUUAUCGAAACUAGUGAGAUUAGAGAUCAAAUGUUGUUGUAGAGGUCACAUGUGACUCAAGUGCCACUAAUAACUCAUUUUCACUAAUAAAACUAACCUGAGGCAGUUUUUUAUAACAAACAAAAUGACAUUAGAAACGUAGAAUUGUUUAUUUUUUAAAGCAAAGUCGUAUCAUUGUUUUUUUAAUCUCAUCUGUGGACGGGAGCCUGGGAGGGUCAGAGGGUGAAAAAAGAAAUCUACAGCCACUGAAGGCAAAAGAAAAUAUGAAAAAACAACUUGAAAAAAUGAAAAUGUACAUUACAAAAAUCUGAUGUUGUUUCAUGUCAUUCUGUCUUUGUGCUCUUCAGCCAAAAAAAAACCUCUUGUUGUGACAGAAUCUUUGAUUCAGAAUUGUGAACUGUAAAUUACAUUUAAUGAACAAUCACAUUGUUCAGUCUGCGGGUAAAACUGUAAGAAUCUGAUCUUCAAUUCUGUCCAACAAACUUCACCAUCGGACGGUUUCCUUCAGCAGAGAGCGCCUCUUUCCCAAAAACCAUCUGAAGUCUGAUUCUCCAAAACCUCCUGCUGUUCUCAGACCAGCACAGAGUGGUUUUCACUCACAACUGCGUUUUUUAAGUUUGGCCGUUUUGAAGUUUAUUUCAUUUUACUGUAGAUUCUUUUUAAAAAAAAGAUAAUUUCAAUGAUUUUUAUAGCCAAACCCAUUGCCAAAGUAUUUUUUAACCUCCAAAAAGUACAGAAGCUUAAAGGGAUCGUUUGUUUUUUGGUUUCUUGUGAUCAUGAGAAAAAUUAUUUCCUUUUCUUGACACAACAGGCUGGCUUUAUUGGUCACUGGUGCUCCUGAAAAACAAUCAAAGUCUUACAUCAUAUAAAAAAAACUUUCUUACCUUCAGGUUUUUUUGGGAAGCUGACCAGAGGUCAGGUGUGGCAGCAGUGGAACCAGCAGGGGGCGCUCUCCUCCAGUGGGUAACCCAUCAUGUUUGGGCUGGAAACCGUGCAUGCUAAAACAUACAGAGCCGAGGUUUGUGUUGAAAUAAGUGGAUGAAAAAUUAGGUCAUGAUAAAACAAAAACUCUCACAAGCAUCUCAUAAACUCAGACAGUUGACCUCUGACUAUUUUCUCCGUGAUUCGUAGAGUGAAUCAUCUGGUGUUGUGCUCAUUGACGGGUGGUUACUCAGUUGGAAAAACAAUCGUCCAAUCAGAGUCAUCCUUCUAUGAGAGAGCCAAAAAAAACAAGAUACAGCUGAAACAUUUAGUUGCAAAUGUACCUAAAAAUGUUUUCAGUACAAUAUAAUAUCUAAUAUAAAGUACAGUAUCAUCUGCAAACGUGUAGUCCACAGUCAGAAAUGGCAUUUCUUCUCUGAGUUAAAACUCAAAUUUAAAUACAUUAACAUGAUUCACAUAUUGUUAUCUUCAGUGCUACUUUCACUUCACAGGGAUAUUAUUACUGUUGAUGAUCAUUGCAAAUAAACGUCCAAAAAUCCUCUUAGAAAUUAGAAAAAAGACGCUUAAAUCUGGAAGUAAAAACCAUCUCACAAAACUGAAAAUAUAAAACUAGAUGAAUCUAAUCCAAAUUUUCAACAACUAAUACCUCAUAAAGAGAUUCUGUAGAGAGUUUUUAUUUUUAUCAUUUCAUCUAUUUCCUGUCCAGGCUGUAUGAGUUUCCAGAAACAAAAAUAAUUGACUUCAUGUCCUCUCUGACUUUGGUGCUGAAACUAAGAUUUUUUCGGGUCGGUUUUAAAGUUCAGUCCCGUCUGUUUCCAGCCCAAACUGAGAUACAUGGCGACUUCAUUCAUCCCAGUGUCGGCCAUUUUAUUGUAACUGUGUGUCUCUGUGUGACUUCCUGUAAACCACAGUCUUCCAUCCAUAACUGUAGAUUAGACAAUCGAUUAGGUGAUAAGUAGCUUAAUAGCUGUUUUAACGGUAGUAACGACACUCGGGGCUCGACGUUAACGAUUCACCAGCCAAAAACUCCAUGAUGAAAGAGUUAACUUUGUGUCCUGAUGAUGUCACCUGUGUUUCAUUGACCUUUGACCCCUGCGAGGGUCUCCAUGCUGUAAGUCACUGUAAUCACUGUGCUCAUCCACCACCAACUAAACCAACGGCAAUAAAACUAACGUCAUGACAAACA